ACGAAACUACAGUUGGGCUGCAGCACUGCACACAACACACCUGCCGUUUCUAAACCACGCCCACAUACCUGCGAGAACCAGGAAAUCAUUAUUUGGACCUGACGAUAUCAAAAUACUUACCAAAAGUUCGUCCCGUUGAAACCCUCAUCGUCCUUCACAUCCGCUUCUACGUUUCGGAUUAGUCUGCUCUGGUCACAUAAAAACAGGAAACAGACGGAGUUUCACAAAGGGACCAGCCUGGCUCUGACCAGACCAGCACUGACCUGCUCAAGUCCAGCUGCAAGCUCCGCUGGUCCAGAGAAGCCCAUUACUUGUAUCUUCGCCGCCUCUCUUCUCGCAGCUACUCGGCCAUUAUGAUGAACCCGGUCAUGGAGGAGAUCGUGUGGGAGCAGUACACCGUGACCCUGCAGAGGGAUCCGAAGAUGGGCUUUGGCAUCGCAGUGUCAGGGGGGCGGGACAACCCAAACGAGGAAAGUGGCGAGAUGUCCAUUGUGGUGUCCGAUGUCCUGCAAGGAGGACCAGCUGAUGGCUUGUUGUUUGAGAAUGACAGAGUGGUGCAGGUGAAUGCCAUCCCCAUGGAGGGGGCCAUCCACUCCUUUGCUGUCCAGACCCUCAGGAAGUGUGGCAAAGUAGCAAAAAUUACAGUUAAGAGGCCCAGGAAGGUACCAGUCAAUCUGCUGAACCGUCCCCCAUCACCUGAUGACAGAGUCUUCAACAAUGACUUUAAUGACGAUUACAACUACGAGCAGGACCGCCGCAGUGUGUACAGCGGCCGGAGUGGCGGUGGGCGGGACCACAGCCCAGAGAGGGAGCGAGGCCGAGGAGCCUACAUGGAUUCUGGCUACCAAACACGUGAGCGUGAUUAUGACAGGGACUAUGACCGGAGGGAACGCGGCAGGAGCAUGGAGAGGGACCUGAGCCCGGACCGGCAGUACAGGAGAGACGGCAGCAAAGGUCGCACUUUGGACAGAGAACGCAGCCCAGAUCGCCCCUACAGGAGCGACCACCUGCUCGCCCGCGACUACAGCCCAGACAGAAAGUACCGCAGCGAGCGCGCAUUAGACCGAGACCACAGUCCCGAUCGGCGCUAUCGCAGCGAGCGAGCCCUCGACCGGGAGUACAGCCCAGACAGACGCUACCGCAGCGAGCGAACGCUGGACCGCACCAACAGCCCAGACCUGCGCCACAGCCCGGCACAAGGCUAUGGACGCGACCCCAGCUUCGAACGAGGACGUGAACACAUCCCCAGUGACCUGAGGAAGUACGACGAGCCGCUAAAGCGGAGUGGAAGCAGAGACCGCCUGGAACGCUCGCCAUCACCCGCCGCCAUGCCCAUCCCUCUGCCCCGCCCCGCCCGGGACCUGGAGCCACUGGAGAAACCCCUAAAUGUACUUCUGCUGAAGAACCAGCCCAACGAAGAGUAUGGCCUUCGUCUGGGCAGUCAGCUUUUCAUCAAAGAGAUGACCAACACAGGACUUGCCAGCAGAGAUGGGAACCUGCAGGAAGGGGACAUUAUAUUAAAGAUUAACGGUACGGUGACAGAAAACCUGGCUCUCAGUGAUGCAGGGAAGCUGAUCGAGAAGUCUCGCGGGAGGCUGCAGCUGGUGGUGCAGAGAGACAGACGGCAGGUGCUGAUCCGAGUCCCCCCGAUGGUCGACAGCGACUCGGAGCUCGAUGAUAUCUCAGAAAUCGAGUCGUACCGCUCCUACUCUCCACAGGAUGACAGGCAGGGCCAUCACUCCGAUCUCUCCUCCCACUCCUCCAAUGAGAGGCUUAGAGAGAAGCCCAGAGAGGACCCGCCCAACAGGCUGGCAAAAAUGGGCGCCAUGCCAACACCAUUCAGAGGUCCUGACCGAGCUGUAGAAGACACGCCCCCUUUGCAGGCAGAGAGGAAGGAGCCACGACCAGAAACACCACCAGUACCGGCAGUCACUGUCCCAAAGGUUCGUGCUCUUCCUAAGGUGCCACUAAAGCCAAGCAUAGAGGACCAGGAAGUAUAUGGGCCAAACACAGUAAUGGUGCGUUUCCAGAAAGGUGACAGUGUGGGUAUGAGGCUGGCAGGGGGAAAUGAUGUCGGCAUCUUCAUCGCUGGUGUUCAGGAAGAUAGCGCGGCUGAGCAGGAGGGUCUCCUCACAGGAGAUCAGAUCAUGAAGGUGAACAACAUGGACUUUAGAGGCAUGGUGCGUGAGGAUGCUGUUCUCUACCUCCUAGAGAUUCCCAAAGGAGAAGAUGUAACCAUUCUUGCUCAAAGCAAACCUGAAGUGUACAAGGACAUUUUAGCAUCUGGCAGAGGGGACUCUUUCUUCAUCAGGACCCACUUUGAGUAUGAGAAGGAGGCUCCUCAGAGCCUUCCUUUCACCAGAGGAGAAAUCUUCAAAGUGACAGACACGCUUUAUGAUGGCAAACUGGGAAACUGGCUGGCAAUCCGCUCUGACAAAGACAACCAGCUGUUGGAGAAAGGAAUCAUCCCCAACAAGAGCAGAGCAGAGCAAAUGGCCAAUGUCCAGAAUGCUGCUCGGGCAGCAUUAGGCAACGACAGAGGAGACUUCUGGAGGCUGAGAGGUCAAAGGGCGGCGAAGAAGAAAGACUUGCGCAAAAGCAGAGAGGACCUUAGCGCAGCUCCAGUCACCACACGAUUCCCUGCCUACGAGAGAGUGGUGUUACGUGAAGCUGGUUUCAGAAGACCUGUGGUGAUAUUUGGGCCCAUUUCUGAUGCAGUGAAUGAAAAACUGGCCAAAGACAUGCCGGACGCGUAUGUCAUCGCCAAAAUGGAGCCCAAGGAUGCAGGAAGUGAGAAAUCCUCCGGAGUGGUGAGACUAAACACCAUCAGACAAAUCAUUGAACAGGACCGCCAUGCUCUGUUGGAUGUGACUCCCAAAGCUGUGGACACUCUGAACUACACCCAGUGGUAUCCCAUCGUCAUCUUUCUGAACCCAGACAGCAAACAAGGCGUCAAGACCAUGAGGAGCCGCCUCGUACCCGGAUCCAGCCGCAGCGCACGCAAACUGUAUGAGCAGGCCGUCAAGCUGAGGAAGACCUGCUCACACCUUUUCACUGCAACUAUCGACCUGAACUCGGCCAAUGACGCAUGGUAUGGCAGCGUGAAAGAUUGCAUUCAGGAGCAGCAGGACAGAGCCGUGUGGGUGUGUGAGGGCAAGUUGGACGGUUCAGAGGAGGACCUGGAUCUCCAUGAUGACCGCAUGUCCUACCUAUCGGCAAUGAGCGCGGACUACCUGAGCAUGGACAGCCGUCUGAACAGCGACUACGAAGACACAGCGGAUGAGGGCGGGGCUUACACUGACAACGAGCUGGACGAGCCAUUGGACGAGCCCCAGCCGGUGUCGGCCAUCAGUCGAUCAUCAGAGCCCGUACUGCCAGAUGAGAAGCCUCAUCCUGAACCCCGGGCUCGAAUGAAGGGGUCAGGGAGCAGAGAGAUGCUAAACAGAGAGCCCAGCCCUCCCCCUUCUUUUGUCCCCGAACCCCCGAAGGUGCGGGCUCAGACUCGGACUGACUCAGCGCGGAGCUAUGACUCACACUCCAGCAGCACCAUCAGCAGCGACGCAGCGGGCGGAAACAAGCCGCUCCCCCCUCCUGUGGCCCUGAAGCCCACCGUCACCCGUCUGAACCAGCCGUCAGAGGAGCAGAGCCCGAGGAAGGAGGAGGAGGACCCCGCCAACAAAUCCUUCCUGGGCAAGAUUAAAGCUUUUGAGAAGAUGGACCACCUGGCCCGAGCUCAGAGGGUCCUGGAGCUGCAAGAGGCAGAAAGUGCUCGAUUGGAAAUCGCCCAGAAGCACCCAGACAUCUACGCUGUCCCAGUCAAACUGCCAAAACCCAACUUCAACCGUCCUCAGCCAAUAGGUUCAAGCUCCAAUCCUGAGCAGCAGACUCCAUUCAGGCCACCGUACUCCGAGACCAGAGGACACGAAGACGACGAGGCAGAGUACCGCAGACAGCUGGCCGAGCAGACCAAGAGAGGGUACUACAAUCCUCAGAAAUACAAAGACACCGAGCUGUAGCCUGGGAAACCCAAACGUCAUCAUCGCUGCACACGGCUGGAUUCCGCCCGCAUCAUCGCUACAAGCAGACAGCGUUUGUUGCCUUGGUAACAGGCUUGUGCUGCUUUAGCUAUUUACCUUUUACAUCAAGGUAAACUCUAUGUUUGUAGUCAGAUUCCUGGAAAGAAUUCAACAAUAAUUCCAGACACUUUUCAAUACUGCUGUCUCACUACUGUACAUGUACAAAAAUCGUACGUUGAUCCAGGCGACACACAGUAUUCUUAUGAAGAUGUAUUUUGGCACGUUUAUCAUCACACGUCCUAAACAAAAAAUGGCAGAUUUUUCUGACGUACCUUUUCACAGACCUGAUAUUUCAGUGUAUUUUUUUUUUUAUGUGUCUGAAGAGGCUUCAGUUGCAAGUGAGGUUUUAUUUCCCCCCAUUACACUAACACCUAGCCCCAGUUUUUGUCUUUCAUGUAUUACCAUUUACAUUUGACAGCGCUCACAGAGCAUGUUUUUCUGAAAGAAAUACCCCACAGUUUUUGAAAAGCCCAGAGGUUUGUUAAACUACACUUUUUUUUGUAGUUUUUAAGGUAUUUUCAGAAACCACAAAGACUUUUCUAACCAUUUGGAAGAAAACAAUAUUUUGUCCUCUGCACAUUAAAAAGGAUUUUUAACUCAUGUUGCUACUCUGUUUCCUAACCAGGUAACUGGAGAUGCUAUAUUUCCAUGCUCAUUUUAAAGAAAAAAGAAAAAUCUAAAACGUGAUGUUGUGUAAAACAUCAGCAAUCUUUAAAACUGUAUAUAAAACUUCUCGUAUAAAUUGAGCAAGAACAUAUGGCCAGUUAUUCUAGAUACAUUUGUUUUGAUUAGGAAAGAGUCACAACUUGGGAAACGGGUUAAAAAUCUUUAUUGUGCAGCAGAUGAAAAAUGUUUUCACCCCCGUAGUUCGAAGAGUCUGAGGAUUCUGGAAAUAAGUGUUGUUAGACGACCUUUUAGCUUUUUCAAAGAUCAGCGGGUAUAUAUUUUUCUGAAAAACAGAAAAUUACCGGAAUAUAAUGGUAAGGCAGGAACUGGAGCUAACACUAUGCGGCAACCAAACUGUAGAUAUGAUACUGUAAACUGUGUACAGUAUCUAGACUCAUUCAUACAAUAAUAGUUUAAAAAUCAAACUGUCAGGAUGGGUUAUGCACUCUGUCAGCAGCUGCUCUGGUGUUAGUCUCCCUCUUCUCAUCACUCUCCUGCUAAGUCUUCUCUGAUUAUUGUACGCAUCUACAUUCCUGAUUGGACAUUUGUAUAUACACUACACUGUAAUAUGUGUGCAUUCUGGGAAGCAGCAUAUUUUCAAGUGCCUUGUUGCUCUGGUCUUAGCUCGGGGAGAAAAACGAACUAUCCACAGGACGGCACGAGGUUCUCAAAUUGUCAAAACAAUCAGACGCUGAGCACAAAAAAUGGAAAUACCUGCUGUUUUCAUGAAAUGGACCAAACAGAAGGUGGAAAAAAGAUUU